UUAAACAAAUAAAAAACACUGUCUCAGAUUAUAUUCUGUCCACGUCUUCCUCGGGAUUUAUUUCCUGGGUGUCACAGUUUGAGUUGUUGGGCUGUUUUUAUGCUCAGGGGAUUAUUUAGGGUGUUUUUCCCUCAUAUACUGUACAUUUGAUCCCAGGUGAUGGGUUAUAUUAGUUCUGACAGCACCCAGUCCAGGUUUCUCUUGUUUUCACAAGGUGGUUCUGACUGAUAUUAGUCUGAAGGAGAAGCAGCCCCACUAGAAAGAAGUAACUUAAAUAUCUAUAAUUAUCACAAAUCAAAUUCAUUGCAGCAUAGUUAACUCAGUCCUUUCUCUCUUUCAUUCUUUUAUUUUUGUUUGUUUUUGGUGCUCCCAUUUUUAAAAACCUCCCUCCCACUGUGUGCACUCACAUUGAUAUCACCUCUAACCUGAUGCAUUGUGUCCACGUGACUUGGUGCUGGAUGGCUACUGAGUUUAUUAAUUUGGUUUUGUAUGUUUUUUUCUGUGUGAUUAUGUGUGCAUAUCAGAUGACUAGACUGGCCCAGCUGUUACACUACACUAGCCUGAGUCAGGCAUUGUUUUCCAAGCCACUAUCCCCGAUCGGGCCAACGCAGCCUUCAAGGGGGGGAUGUGACCCGGAGAAUAGCCCGCUGAGCCUUCCAAGAUGGACACCUUGUCUCUUUAUUUGUUUAUUUUUUAUUUAUUUUUUUAGUUUGUUUCCUUUCAUACUAUCCCAUGUUGUCCACUUUCUACUACUGUCUCUAUCUAGAAACUGCAGGUUUGCUUAUCUCUAGCGUUGUGUUUAUAUUUGUUAUUUUUUGUUUGUUAUUUUGAUUAAUGUCCAACCCCUACCCCCCUCUCUCUUUCUGCUACAGCGGCGGCUUGUGUGUGAUUGAGUUCUGUCCAGGUUGCUACGGCAUGUCGGUGGGAUUGAUGCAGCCAUUGGGGUUGUCUUGUGUUGCACACCUUUCCAACACUGCGAAACGAUCGCCCCCCACGGAAAAGCGCCCAUGCUUGAUAUCGUAUGGUUCAUGACCAAUAUGUUUCCAGUACAGGGAAAAUUCCCGAGGAGUCCAAGGCUCUGUCUCUGCUGGCCCCUGCCGCCCCGGUGCCCAGUCUGAUUCCUGGAGGAGGAUUGCUGCCAAUUCCUACUCCUGCUCCGCUUCAGAAUCUGAACCUGCCAUUGGUGAACCGUAUUACUGCUAGUUUCGAUGCUGCGGCGUCUGUGCUCUCCCAGCCGCCACUUAUUGGAAAUGUUGAUCCUUCAAAGCUCAAUGAGAUCAGGAGGACAGUUUACGUUGGCAACUUGAACUCACAGAACACGACUGCAGAGCAGCUGAUGGAGUUCUUCAAGCAGGUGGGAGACGUCAAGUUUGUCCGAAUGGCCGGAGACGAGACCCAGCCGACCCGCUUUGCCUUCGUAGAGUUUGUUGAGCAGGAGUCGGUUGCCAGAGCCCUGACCCUGAACGGAGUCAUGUUUGGAGACAGACCUCUGAAGGUUAAUCAUUCCAACAACGCCAUAGUAAAACCCCCGGAGCUGACGCCACAGGCUGCUGCCAAGGAGUUAGAGAGUGUGAUGAAGAGGGUGAGAGAAGCUCAGUCCACCAUUGCUGCUGCCAUAGAACCAGAAACAAAGAAGCGUUCCUCCAGUCGGUCUCGAAAGCCACGCCGGUCUCGGUCACGCUCUCGUUCACACUCAAAAUCCCGCAGGAAAAGGUCCCGUUCCAAACACAGACCCUCACAGAAGCUGUGGCCGGGGGGCGACGCUCACGGUUCAAGAGGCAGCCACAGGAGGCGCUCUCGCUCCAGAGACAGAAGGCACGCUCGCAGUCGCUCCAGAGGUCACAAAAGGAGGAGUAAGGAAAGGUCCAGAAGCCCUCGAAGAAAAGUCAGAACACCUUCACCAAAACGAGUGAAGAAAGAGAAGAGGAGGGAGCGCAGCAGGGACAGGAAGGAACGCUCCACAUCCAGGAAGAGGAGUCGCAAAGAUGAAGACAGGAUAAAGAGCAAAUCCAAGUCCACUAAGCUGGACCACAGCCGAGAGGUGAAGGAGGAGUACAGGAGUGACAGAGAGGGCUCGGCCACGCCCAGCGAGGACGUGACAUCAUCACCGUGCGCCCAGCACAACGGCAGCUACAAGACUCACAGCGAGGACCACGCAGCUGUGGGUGCUCACCGCUCCAAGUGACCGUCCCGGUUCUGUUGAGUGGACCUGCGCCCCGUCGGGCUCUCCCAUCGAGUGUGUACGCUCCCACAAACUGUGAAAACCCACUACAGCAAGUCCUUUUCCUCUUCUGUCAUAAAAACACCAGCUGGGAGUCUGUAACGAAGCUGCUCUUCUUUCCUGAAAAUAAGGCUUCCGUGUCGCAAAGAUGGUGUAAAAACAACAAAUUCAUAAACAAACCAACUCAUCAGGGUGAUUUUAAAGGCAGAGCUUGUUUCAAAGCUGUUGAAUUAGAUAAAAUAAUCAAUUUUAAAGCUGCUCAGAUCCGCGUCUGAAAAAAAUACAUUACCGUCGGCCAUCUUUAAAAAACCAAACUAAAAGAACUCUGAGUUGAAGCUGAGUUUUAACUCUGAUUUUAUCUCCGACUGUAAACUGCAGGAGAUUAAACACUGUUUGAUGUUCUCAUAUUGGCAGUACACGCCAUAUUUCCCCUUUAAAAACAGUUCUGUCUCCUGGAGAUUCAUGCGUUUGCAGCUUUUGUCUGAUUUGUAAGAAAUAAAAAACUGCACAACCCGA